CUCAUCUCAGCCAAUCACCUUUUCUUCAUCCCCUUCAGUGCAAUCGCAGGUCAACAUAAAUAAGUAUUCAAAAUCUCAAGAAAACAAUUUGCCCGUUAUAGCGAAGAGGUUUUCGAACGUUGUGAGGGCGGCUCUGUUCAUGCUGCGACAAGGGAUUUCCGAGAAGAAGCUCAUGCUUGAUCUUAAUCCCCGGCUGAAGCGCGGCAAGAUCGACGCCGGGGGUGCACAACCUCAUCUUCCACCACCACUCUUCCUCCGCCGCCGCAACUACGAAAGACUGCAGCGAUCUCCCCGCCUUCGCCGACCCAAAACUGCGGCGAUCUCGCCGACCCAAGACUGCGGCGAUCUCCCCGCCUUCGCCGACCCGUCAGAUGCGUACGUGUUAUUUGGGUUUUAAAUUUUACAACUGCCACCAAGACAGUCGAAAUUUGGUUGUCUCUCUAAAACCCUAGAUUUCCUUCUGUCAGGAUGAGUGUUGUUCAAAGUUUAAAAUUCAUCCAAUCUUGCAUAAGGUCUAUCUAGAGAGAAUUCUGUCAAAACCUGAAAUUGAUGCUUUUGCCGAAGAACUAAAACAGCACCAGCAAAACCAUGUUGAAUCACCCCCCACAAUUAAGCAAAUCGAUCUUUAAUUUGCUCAAUUGGUAUACUUACUCAGAUCUAUCAGUUGACACAAUCUGUGUUUUGCCAUAGUUACGUUAUGGCUGGUGCUAUUGUUGAUUUUGUAGUUGGAAAGCUGAAUGAGCAAGCUUUCCAAGAAGUAAUAUUCCAGUGGGGAAUCAAAGCUGAGGUGGAGAAAAUCACUGAUCUGCUAGCCAACAUGAAAGGCUACAUUGAGGAUUCAGACAAGGGGAAACAAGACACCAAAGUAGCAGAGAGCUGGGCGACACAACUGAGGGAUACCACUCUUCAACUUGAGGACUUGGUGGAGGAGUUCAUGUUGGAUUCCAAGCUUCUGGAACUCAAUACUCCUCCGUUCAAUUUUUGUGAAUUCAAGUCCCUCUUUGCCAACGUGCAGAGCUUUGCCAAGAGGGUGAAGAUACAGUGUCGCUUCCAUCAGCAGUUAAAAGCCAUGGAUAAGAAGCUACUUGCUCUAGAAACAGACAAAUCAAAGUACGCUAUAAAACUCAAGACAGACAAUGACGGACGAAAUGAGGUACUGAUGGGCAGUGGGAGUGGAUAUAUGGAGGUGAUAGAAGCAGUGGGGAUCGACAUGGAAGUCAACCGGAUAGCAGAACUGAUUGAGAAGCGUAGUGGUCAAGUGAAGUUGAUCACAAUUUGGGGAGCCGGAGGUGGUGGGAAAACUACUUUGGCGAAGCAAGUUCAUGAAAGAGUCAAGAAUGAUGGGAGCAUUGAUUAUUGUUGGUGGGUUGAUGUGAACCACUCCUCAGAUAUUGAAUAUGUUCUGAUGACAACAAUCAAUGGGGUGUAUAAAAGUGUUGGAACCAAGCCUCCUGCUGAACUCGAGAAAGCAGAUAGAAAUUCUCUUCAACAGCACAUUCUUGAUUACUUGGAGGGAAAGAGGUAUGUUGUAUUUUUUGAUGAUGUUUGGGAUCAUACUCUCUUGGCAAAAAUAAAACUUCCAGGUGACCGUGCAUCUUCAAUUAUCGUCACUAGCCGUGAUAAAAAUAUAGCCAAAGGGUCUUUUCUUGGGGCUGCACCUCAUUAUGUUGAGGUGAAGCCAUUAGAAUUUGAUUUGGCAUGCAGCCUUUUCUGCGAAUUGGCUUUAGGUAGCCACAGCUGGCCUAAUGGGCUUGAAGAAGCCGGAAAAGCAUUGGUUGAGAAAUGCUCAGGUUUACCUGUUGCAAUUCUUGCAAUGGCUCGGUUGAUGUCCACAAAAGGUGAUGAUCCAUCAAAAUGGAGGGAUGCUCUCAAAAGCCUGGACUACUACUCACAAGAAUUUGAAUCCAAAGACUCGCAAGAAUUUGAAUCCAAAGCAGGUGGCAGUCUAACAUCUCUCAACAGAGCCUUGUUGUUGAGUUAUUACGAACUGCCAACGCACCUCAAGUCAUGUUUUUUAUACUGUGCAAUGUUCCCCAAAACAUAUGACAUUGAUGCCCAAAUGUUGAUCCGCAUGUGCAUUGCAGAGGGGUUUAUCAAUGAUGAUACCCAGAGUGGCAGAACACUAGAGCACAUAGCAAGGGAUUACUUCCUUCAGCUCAAAAAUAGAAGCUUGCUUCAGAUCGUUCCCAAUAAGUACAACAAUUCUAAACAGUUAGGAACAAUGAUAAUGCACGACCUUUACCGUGAUGUGGCGUGUGAGGUGAUUAGAAGGGAAAUGUUUGCUGAAAUCAUCAUAUUGGAGGGAAGUACCAAACUUGAGUGAAAGCAAAGGCGUAGUUUGAUCAUCGUGGAAGAGGUGCAAAAUGCUCAGCUUCACAAUUGCUACGAAAAUAUGAAGAAGCUACGUACACUCAUCAUCGACUG